AUGAAUAAAAAUUUCAAUAUUUCCAAUUAUAAUUUGGAUUUAAUUAAAUGCUUGCAAAAUGAAUCGGGAAUAUACUUUAUAUUAGAUCCAACAAAAGCGAUACAUGACAAAAAAAAUUCAGACGUCUAUGAUAUAUUUAUCCCCGAAAAUAGUGAUGGAGUUACAUUACAUGUUCAGAAAGUAAAUAAUGAAUAUAAAUGUAUAGGGGUAAGUAUAACCAAGCGUGGAAUAGAUAUAAAUACUGGGACAAGAAUAUUUAAUACAAAAAUAGCUGAUUGGUUAGAACAACUUUUUAAUUUUAAUAAAUCAUUAGGAAGUAAUAAUAAUGGAUCAGCUAAUGCAAAUAGUAAUAACAAUGAAAACGACGAUGGAAAUAAUAAUUGGUCUAAUAUGGAAAGAAAUGGAGGAAAUAACAAUGAAUACGGUAUAAUUGUUAAUAACAAAAAUACCAGUAUUAAUGCAAAUCCAAUAAAUAAUAUCGGAGGAGCUAAUAAUGAACAGGGAAAUGCAAGCGAUGAUGAUAAAGACCCAAACGAUGGUGAUGGAAAUGAUAAUCCCGACAACUCUGAUGAUCAUAAUAAUUCUAUUAUAAAUAAUGGAAACAAUAAAUAUAAUAAUUAUAAUAAUGUUAGGCAUAAUUUAUCAAAUAACCAAACAGGUGUGCCUAUAACAAAUUUAAUAAAAAACUCAAAAGGUGGGUAUGAUAAUUUUGAAAAUAAUGAUAAUUAUAAUAAUGCAAUUAAUAUGCCCAAUAAAUCAAAAAAUAGUAAAAAUCCAAUAAAUCAAGGAAAUUGCAAUUUAAAUGUAAAUAAUAAUUUAUCAACACAUAUAAUACCUUCGUCAAAUUUAUCUUCAUCUCAAUCGAAGAAACAAAAUCAACAUACUAAACAAAUCCGAUUAAACCAAAUGAAUAAUUCUCAUAAAUCUCAUUUAUUACAAUAUCAUAAUUCAAACUAUGAUGAUAAAAAUAGUAAGUUAUAUAACAAUACUGUAAUAAAUAAACAUAUUUCUUCUGAAAAUGCUGGAGCAGCUCAUGCUUCUAAUAAUAAUGAUACGGUUAAAGGAAAUAAGAUAGGGUGUAAUACUCGACAAAAGAAUUCCCCUCAUUCCUUGCACAAUGGCACUAAUAAUUCAAACAAAGGACAACAACAAGCAUAUAAUGAAAAUUUGGGUUAUAGGCCUACGUUGUUUAAUUUGUUAGAAGUUUUAUCAAAUCAUAAUAUUACAACACCAGAUCAAAGAGUGUGCAUUAGAGGAAUAGUGACUGAUUUUUUAAAUAAUGAAUUGCCCCAUGGAAAAAUAUAUGCAUAUAUCGGUGCAGUAGUUGGCCAUGAUAUAUUGCAUGAUAUAAUAAAAAAAUUAGAAAAAGAUCCUAAUCGGAAUGCCGUACCAGAUGCAUCUGGAUUAGCUAGAAUCGAAGCUUCUUUUGGUUUAAGUAAAUCAUCUUAUGAUUUUAUGAAUCAUAAUUCAACUAAUUCAUCUAUGAAUAAUAUUCCUAAUGUUUUAUUUAAUAAUAGAAAUUUAAAUAGUGCACUACUAAAUAAUCAUAUAUAUUCAAAUAUAUUAUCAAACGUGGCAAAUAAUAAUGGUAAUAUUGGGGAUAAUAUGGGUCACUCUGGAAUGUUAAAUACAGAUAACGAAAAAAUUUCAAAUAAUAAAACAGCUAAUGAUAUUAAUAAUAUGAUGAUGAAGUAUGGUGAUAAUGAUAAAUUAGGUGGUUCAUACAAUAAUAAUAUGCUAAAUAUAAACAAAAAAAAAGCACUUAAUAUGUUAAAUAUGAGAUAUAUGGAUAAUAAUAUUGCCGAUAUGGCAAAUUUAGGAAUAAAUAAUAUGAACAGUACAGAUAAUAAUUAUAUGAGUCAAAUGAAUAUUGAUUUAGCUAAUUUAGAAAAUUUAAAUAAUGCUAAAAACUCUGGCUUAUCAAUGCAAGAAUAUUUAUAUGCUUCUAAAAAUCUUCAUAAUGUUAAUUCUCUCAAUCGAAAUAGUAAUAUAACUGAGGAUGAAGAAGAAUUAAUGAAGGUUAUAAAAAAAAAUAUUGAAACAUAUAAAAUGAAUAAUAUAAAAAAUAUAUUAAUAUCAUCUGUUUUUGGUAGAAUAAAAUGGCUAAAAAUAAUGAAUGAAUCUCCACAUGCAUAUUUAUAUGGACAUAGUAUAGUCAAAUAUGGUAAUAAACUAUAUAUGUUUGGAGGUACUAAUAAUAAACAUAAAAAAGUACCGUUUAAUCAUACAUUAACAUUUAGUCUAAUUUAUUAUAAUUAUAAAUUAUUACCACUUAGUGGCAAUUAUCCUGAAGAAAGAGAUGGACAUACAACACAUUUGGUUUCAUUGAAAUCUGGUUUGUCUGUAUUUUUAUUUGGGGGUGCUAAUAAUAAUAUAUAUUAUAAUGAUAUAUAUAUAUUAGAUAUGGAAACACGGAAAUGGUCAAAAAGGAUUGUAAAUGGAAAAAUACCACUGCCUAGACACCAACAUUGUUCAUUAGUCUAUCCAGCAAAAAGCGAGCAUUUAAGAGGUGAAAAAUUAAAUUUAACAGAAGGAGUUAUAGUUUAUGGAGGAAAAUGUUUAUAUAAUAAUAAUAUUGUCAAUUUAAAUGAUAUGUGGAUAUUUUUAUUUGAAACAAAUAUGUGGGUACGUAUAAAUUAUUUAGGAGAUCAAGUUCCUAUUGGAAGAUAUGGAAUGAAUUUGAUUUGGUCUGAUACAAAUACUUUAUGUUUAUUUGGUGGAGAAUAUUUAUAUUCAGACAAAACUUGUAAAACUAGAAAACUUCUAGAUGAUAUGUGGACAUUUCGAUUAAACACUCCAAUAUUAACUAAUAAUAUUGAAGAUACAAAUACAGACAUAAAAUAUCCUUCUUAUGAAAAUGCAGUAAAUGCUCAAGACGAUCUUCAUAAACAUCAAAAAGGAAUAAAACAAGAUCCUUAUAUAAAUAAUGUAAACGAAAACAAUGGAAUGGCUAGUCAUGAUAAUGACAAUGAUCAAACUGAUAACUUACAUGAUCAAAAUGAAGCAAAUGAAAUGGACACUAAAAUGGGAAAUAACAAUAAUGAAUCUCAGGGUGUAGAUAAUAAAGAUGUUGAAAAUAGUAAUAAUUUAGCUAAUAAAAUAAAAAUAACAGGAGAAUGGAAAAGAGAAAUAUAUGAAGGAAAUAUAGGAUGCCGAUCAAAUUAUAGUAGUAUUUUUAUUACUCAAAGGCAUCAAGAUUUUAAAGGUGCUGAACCCAAAACUAUUGAAAAAUUAAUGCUUUUAUGUAGUGGAAUAACUUAUGAUAAUAAAUUAAAAAUUGUUUCAAGUGAUGAAAUUUAUGUAUAUUUCUUUUCACAAAAAAGAUGGUAUUUAUUAAAAGGAAAAUUAUAUAAUGAAGAAUAUAUGUAUAAUGCAAGACAAAGACAUGUAGGAUGUUUUUUUGAAUCAAAGAAUGUAUUAGGUAGAUCAAAUAGAAACCCUGUUCCAUGUAUAUUUAUACAUGGUGGUUUUAAAAAAAACUCCGUAUUUGGUGAUGCAUGGUUAUUAUCUUUGACUGGUGAAAAUCCAUUAAGAUUAUAUGAAUAUGAUACAUGUAGAGAGAAAAUAUCAACAACACAAAUGCCAUUAUAUUAUUUCCGAGAUACCCAUUCGAUAAGUUUAUUAUACACAUUUUGUACAUUACAAAAAUGGUUAUUUGGUGCCUUUGCUAAUUUAGUAGAUAAUUCAGUAUAUGCUAUAAAUCCAGCAGAAAAUGUUUUUAUAAAAUAUGAACUUACUCCUGAACAUGAUGGUAUGAUAUCUAUUCAAGAUGAUGGUGAAGGAUUAGAUUUUAAUGCAAUGAAUCGAAUAUUAAGAAUGUAUGGAAAUUAUAAAAAUUAUGAUAAUAAUUCAUUCUAUAAUAAUAACAAUAAUAAUAAUAUAAAGAAACAUUCCCUACCUAAUAAUGAUGAUUCAGAUAGCCAUGAAAUAGAUAAUUAUGAUGAUAAUGAAGAUGAACAGGAAUAUAAUGAAGAAACAAAUAAUACUAACGACGCUAACAAUAAUGAAAAUAAUGCUGAUCAAAAUAAUGAUCAAUAUGAUAAUAAUAAUAAUACAGGUUUUGGAAAUAAUGUAACAGAUGAAAUGCAACAAAAUGCAGAAAAUGAAGAAGGAGCAGAUGGUGAAAAAAGUUAUAAUAAUAAUUUAUCGGAAGGUCAAAAUGGUGAAGGAAUAAUUAAAAAAGAAAAUGAUAUACGUAAUAAAAAUGGUCCUAUUGGAAAGAAAAAAUGUACAUGGAAUGAUACAUUUUAUUAUAAAAGAAAAAAUCAAUACUAUUUUUACAAUGAUCUUUCUAAUAGUAUAUUUGAUAUUAAAUAUGGUGUAGGUUUUAAAACUGCAUUUGCUAGAAUUGCAUCAAGCUGUGCAAUUAUGUCAAGAACAAUUAAUACAAUAGGUAUUGGCUUGUUAUCACUUGAAUUAAUGAAUCAUUGUGAUGCUAAAGAAUUAGCUACUCCCUUAUGUAUGUGGAAAUUACCAAAUAAAGAAUUAAUAAAUAGAAAUAUUGCUAAUAAAUCAGAGCAUAGACAUCAUCAAAAAUUAUUAAUGUCUUAUACUCCAUUUAAUAGCCCAAGUUUAUUGGCCGAGCAAAUUAAUAUAUUAGGUACUUAUAGUGGUACUAGAUUAUUAUAUUGGAAUUUUAGAGAUGAUAUGGAUUUUGUUAUUUUUAAUCCAACAAAUAAUAAUAUAUAUCUUAGUAGUGCACCAUUAAGUAUUGAUGAACUUAAAAGUAAAAAUAAAAAACGUAAAAAUGGACAAGGUGAAGAAUCAAAUAUUAAUUCUAAAUAUCAAGGUGUGAAGGACAUAAAAUUUGCUAACCGAAUAAUUAAACGUAAAGGAGUUUUCGGAGAAGAUGGUAAUUUAAAAAAAUUCAAAGCAGAUGCUGAUAAUCCAGAUGAAGAAGGUGAUGAUGAAAAUGAUAAAUAUAAUAAUGUAGAUGAUAAUUAUAAUAAAGAAGAAGAAAAUAUUAAAAAAGAACAUGAUAAUAUGAGUACCUCCUCAAAAAAUAAUAACAUUCCUGAUGAUAAUAAUGAUGAAAAUAAAAAUGGAAAUUCAUUAAAUUAUAAAGAAAAAAUGAAAUAUGAAGAUCAAUUAAAAUAUAAUAAUAAUAAUUAUUUUAAAAAACGAAUGAAUUUAUUUGAAUAUAAUUCACAUUUAAGUCCAAGUAUAUCAAAAGAAAAAUAUAAUAUGAAUGAUAUGUUUCCAUUAUGGGAUCAUCCAAAAGAUAGUAUUGAUUAUUGUUUAUCUACUUAUUUAUAUUGGCUAUAUUUACGUAGAAGUACAAAUAUAUUUUUACAAAACACCUUACUAAUACCUACAUCUAUGAGAAGAGAAAAAGACAUUAUUGCAAACAAAAAUAAUAAUGAUACUAAAGGAAAAAAGAAAAAAAAAUCAUCCAAAUUACGAAAUAAAAAUAAUAACAAACAAAAUAAUGCAAAUAAUCAAAGUGAAGAACAAGCUGAUGCUACAAAUAAUCAAGAAAAUGAUCAAAUAGCUAGUAAUGAAGAAAAUAAUGGUGACAUAGGAAAUACAUCUGAAACUGCUGCCGAAAAUAAUAAAUCGGAACAAGAAUAUGAAAACAAUGACGAUAAUAAUCAUAGUGAUGCCCAAAAUGAAGAUAAUAUAAAUAAUGAAGAAGGAGAAACUUCUGAACAAAAUGAAAAUGAUGAUAUAAAAAAUGAAAAUGAUGGUACAAAUAAAGACGAAGGAGAAAAGGAAGAAAAUAAUAAUGCAAACGAUGGAAAGGAAAAGGAUAAUUGUGAAAAUGAUCCAAAUGCUGGGCUAUCAAAAUUAGAAAAACAAAAACUUGAAGAAGCAUUAGAGUAUGGUAUACCUCAGGAUGCACAAGCUCAAAAUUCUGCAAAUAAAAAUGACACAGAUGAUGAAGAUGAAGAAGAGGAAGAGGAGGAGGAAGAAGACGAGGAAGAGGAAGAAGAAGACGAGGAUGUAGAAGAGGAAAAUGAAGAAGCUCCUAAAAAUGAUGAAGAUAAUGACAAUAUAAAUGAAACAAAUAAUGAAGGAGAAAAUGAAGGAAAUAAUAAUGUAGAAAACGAAGGAGCAGAAGUUGAAGGUGAAGCUAAUGAAGGUGAUGAAGUAGGUGAAGAUGGAGUAGUAAAAACAGAACCACAAAAUGAAAUGGAAAAUGAAAAUAAUAUAGAAGAAGAAGAUGGUACUGAAAAAAAUAAAAAAGUUAAAAAUGAAAAAAAUAAAAUAGGAAAAACUAUUGAUGAUCCAAAUGAAGAUAGUAUUGCUAGUAGAAGAAAAAGAAGAAGAAAAAAAGAUGAUUUAGCAGCUGGUGCAGGAGCAAAUGGUAAAAAAAAUGGAGAAAUAGAAAAAAUGAAAAAAGAAAAUUAUGUUAAUGUAUAUAUGGAAAAUUUUAAAAUUAAAGAUGAAUAUUAUAUAAAUAAUCCAAGUAGAUAUACCUUAUAUCAUUUCUUAAGAAGAAAAUUAUAUAAAAUGGUAGAAAGCCAUUAUUUAUUUACCCCUGCAGAUCAUACAUAUGGUUCUUUUAUUAUGAUGGGUUUUUUAAAUGAUAAUAAUAAUACAAGUAUGGAAGUUAAUAGAGUUUGUGAAACUGGUAUAUUAUUGUAUUAUAAAAAUAGAUUAAUAAAAAGAUUAGAUGCUCCAUUUAUUGAUACUCCAUAUAAUUUAUUUUUAUCAAAAUAUCCUCCUAGUCCUUCUUUAUAUGAAGGUAAUUUAUAUAAAUAUGCUUUGACAGUUAUUGUAAAUGUCCCUAAUUGGUUAAAGCCUUCGGUUAGUAAACAAGAAUUUGUUCAUGAAAAUAAUCACGCAUUUUUAGUUUUUAAAAAGAAGUUAGUCACAUUAAUAAAACAUUACUUAUCUAUUUGUGAAGAUAUUGUUAAGCUUAACAAAUGGAGAGAAUCAAGAGAUUUGAAAUUAAAAAGAUAUUUAGAAAAAAUGCAAAACCAAAGUGUAAGAAGUCGCAAUGACUCAGAUUAUGAAAAUGAUGAUGACGAUAAUAAUAAAAGUAAAAAUUAUAACAUCAUAUAUAAUGAUGAAGAAGGUGAUUAUAUGAAUGAUCAAAAUGAUGGAAAUAAAAAAAAAAAAGAAGAAAUUAAUUAUUCGGGAAGAAAUAAACCAUCCUCAUAUGCAAACGAUAAUGAACAAGCCUUACAUAAAAAUAAAAAAACAAAAACAAAUAAUGACGAUUCAAAUAAAAGAGAUCAAAACCCAACAUCUGAAAAUGAAUCAGCUAAUUUGGAUAAUGAAAAUAAUCAAGAAAAUGAUAACUUAGAUGAAGAAUAUGAUGAAAUGGAUCAAGAUGCUGAAAAUCGAGAAAAUUAUGACGAUGAAAAAGAUGAACCUGAAGAAAAUGAGGAGGAAGUUGAAGAAGACGAUCCAAAUGAUGAAGAGUAUAAUGCCGAAAUGGAUGAUCAAAAAAAUCGAAGUGUUGAUCAAGAGACUGAGGAGGAAAUGGCUGAAGAAGAUGAAGAAUAUGAACCAGGGGAUGAUUAA